AUGGACCUCAUCAAGUUCAGAGUCACCGGCACCGUGCAGGGCGUCUGCUUCCGGUACUACACCCAGCGCGAAGCCCAAACUCUCGGUAUCCGCGGGUGGUGCCACAACCACCCCGACGCCAGCGUUGAAGGCGCUGCAGCUGGGCCGCCCGACGCGAUUGCCAAGUUCAAGUUGUUCCUCCGCCGCGGCCCGCCUGCCGCCAAGGUCGCCGACCUGCACGUCGAAGAGACCAAAGACGCGUCGCCAGACGCCGUAGCCGCGGCGCUGGGAGACAAAGACGGGUUUCAUGUACGCAAGUACCGCCGGCCAUAG